AUGUGGAGGGUGAAGUGGAGGCGAGAACUCCUUGAAAGAGAAAAGGAGGCUGCUAAAGAUCUCAUGGAUGUCAUUUCUACUUUGCUUCCUAUUGCAGGUAAGGAAGACGCUUGGAUCUGGAAAGCUUCAAAGAACGGAGAGUUCUCCACAAAGUCAGCGUAUGUUACUGCCAAAUCAGCAAAGCCGCAGAACACCGGCCUCAAAACCUUUUCUGAGACGCUCAAGAAAGUUUGGAAGACCCCAGCAACACAUAAAGUUAAAGUCACGACUUGGAGAAUGGUGAGGAACAAAUUACCAACUUGUGAAAAUUUGAGAAGAAGGAACGUCCAGAUUGCUGAAGUUGAGGCAUGGUGCAACGCGUGCUGUUCCAAUCUCGAAACUUGCAACCACCUCUUCAUCGAAUGCCCGAAAGUUGAUGUUGUGUGGUCCAGAAUCCAACAAUGGGUAGGAGUCAGCAGACCUAGACCGAAUGACAUCGUCGGACACCUCGAGGCCUUUGCAAACCUGGGACAGAAGAAGCACAAGAAGCUCCUCAUUGCAGUGUGGAUGUGCACCGUGUGGCUACUUUGGAAGAACCGAAAUGAAAGUCAGUUUGAAGGAAAGCAAUGGGAUAUCCAGAGUCUUUGUUGUGAAGUUAAGGUUAGACUUUGGUGUUGGAUCAAAAUUUUCAAGUUUUGUAACGUUGAUGCUAGUUUCUCCUCUUGGAUGUCGAGCAGGCUGAUUGCCGACGUUCUGUAA